AUGGAAAAUGUCUCCUUCCAUCAACCCUCAGUACUGGUCCUCAACUUUGUAGAGAUGUCUACAAUGAGAUAUCUGUAUUGCAUGUUAGCAUUUUUCUGCUACAUCCUGAUCAUUAUCACCAAUGGUGGGGUCAUCAUUACGAUCACCACACACAAGGCUCUACAGGAGCCCAUGUUCAUCUUCCUAUGUACACUUUGCUUCAAUGCCCUAUUUGGAAGCUCAGCUUUUUUCCCUGGUUUGCUUACAAAUCUGCUUUACAAUGUCUAUACCAUCUCCUACAGUGCCUGCAUCCUACAAAUAUUUUGCAUCUGCGUCUAUGCCAACCUUGAGAUGUCCACCCUGACCAUUAUGGCCUUUGACCGUUACGUGUGCAUCUGUAACCCCCUGAGGUACACUAUCAUCAUGUCACUACCCAUGGUCUACAAGCUUCUUGCCGCAGCUUGCUGUUACUCAGUGUCCAUUGUAAUCAUACAAAGCAUUUUGACGGUGAGACUGCCUUUGUGUGGCACAGUCAUCUUGAAGAUCUACUGUGACAACUGGUCGGUGGUGAGACUCUCUUGCAUUGACACUACCAUCAAUAAUAUCUAUGGGCUAUUCAUUAUCUUCUGCUCUCAGAUCAUAAUGCUGAGUCUUAUAUUGGUUUCCUAUAUCUGUAUCCUACGAGCCUGUUCCAAAGCUUCUCAGGAGGUCAUCUCCAAGGCGAUGAACACAUGCGUCCCUCAGCUCAUAACUACUAUAAAUUUUGCGACAGAUGUACUUUUUGAGGUUUUUUUUUACCGGUACGUCUCCUCGCUUGUCCCCUAUGAGGUGAGGAUGUUUAUAUCAGUUUACAGUCUAUUAGUGCCCUUCACCCUGAAUCCUCUGAUCUAUGGCCUGAAGAUGACCGAAUUGCGUGUGAGAAUUUUUAAGCUCUUCAAGAUGAACAGAAUUUCACUACAAAAUCAUUGUUGA